UACCGCCACUGCCACCACCACCGCCGCAGCUACCACCACCACCUGCGCCCUGAGUGGGGAUGGCGGGUAUAUUAACAGCGAACUCGCAGCCGUUCUUCACAGCAGCACGAUGGACACCGUCGAGAAGCUCAACAAAAUCGCUCUGCUCGAGGAUUUCCUGCCAACGAAGAAACUGACGGAGUUGUGCGUCAACAGCAUAUAUCAUGUCACCGAUCUGAGGCAAGUCACUACGAAGUAUGGCCUGAGAGCUGUCGCCACUCUCGACAACGAAUCCCAAGUCUUCCUACCGAGGCGCAUCUCAACGGCGUUCGAGAAGGAUCCGAAGAUGUUCGAGCAGAUGGCGCAAACAGUCGUCGACGAGCGAUUGCUUCUGAAGUACCUGCCCGGCAAGAUACCACAAAUUGAAUUCAGCAUCAAACAGUCGUCGACGAGCGAUUGCUUCUGA